UGAGACACCCAUGCAAGAAUCUCGCGCCAUUUGUUGCAACCUCAUCUUACAUCAUCCAUCCAUCCAUCCAUCAACCCAUGCCCCAUGCGGCCAUGCCCCAUGCCCAUCCAUCCGCCCAUGCUUCUCCAACGUAUAAAAAUAUCUGGGAACUUUCUCAUUAACGCUAUCCCGAAUGGAGUGAUCACAUCACCAAAAGCAUCUCUCGCUCGCCUUGUACCCACAAGAUGAUGCAUGCGCUUCUUAUCCAAUUCCUUUACCUCCUCUUCUUCCUCCAGAUAAAAACCACAGCUGCUGCACCAACCCAAUUGAGACCUGGUUUCUAUGCUCAGACAUGCCCGGCAGCCGAAAAGAUAGUCAGAGAUGUGAUAAUCAAAGCCAUGAAGAGAGAGCUCAGAAGUGCUGCCUCAGUCAUGCGCUUGCAGUUCCAUGACUGCUUUGUUAAUGGUUGCGAUGCUUCUCUGUUACUAGAUGACACACCCGAUAUGCUCGGCGAGAAACUCUCUUUGUCUAACAUAAACUCGCUCAGAUCCUAUGAAGUCAUCGAUGAGGCAAAGGAAGCCUUGGAGCAGGCCUGUCCGGGGGUCAUUUCUUGCGCAGAUAUCAUAAUCAUGGCCGCUAGAGAUGCCGUUGUAUUGAGUGGAGGACCCAAUUGGGAAGUCAAGUUGGGAAGACUGGAUAGUUUGACAGCCAGCCAAGAAGACUCUGACAGGAUCAUGCCGAGCCCCAGAGCCAACGCGAGCUACCUCGUCGAUCUCUUCAGCCAGUUCAACCUCUCAGUGAAGGACCUAGUGGCCCUCUCGGGCUCUCACUCCAUCGGCAAAGGACGAUGCUUCUCGAUCGUGUUUCGCCUCUACAACCAGUCGGGCACGGAGAGGCCUGACCCAGCUAUGGAUCCCAAAUACAGGGAGAAGCUGGACCAGCUCUGUCCACUGGGAGGAGACGGGAACGUAACAGGGGACCUGGACGCAACUCCUUAUGUGUUCGACAACCAGUACUUCAAGGACCUCGUUUCCUUUAAAGGCUUCCUUAAUUCCGACCAAACACUCUUCACGUCAGCCGCUCGGACACGUAAGUAUGUCCGAUAUUUUAGCAGGGACCAAGAGGCGUUCUUCGCGGCCUUCGUCGAAGGGAUGAUAAAGAUGGGUGACUUGCAGUCCGGCCGACCAGGGGAGAUCCGAAGGAAUUGCAGAGUGGCAAACAGCCGGCCCCUACAUGCGCUUUUGGAGACUUAGAGAGAAAGAGUAAACAAAACAUAGAUACAAGCCUGCAUCAGUCGACAGUCGGCCAUCUUGUAUGGUUGAUGGAGAGGCAUUCGGCCAUGAAAACGCACUUGUAGACGACUAAAAGCAUCGAACAAUGUGAUUGUUGGAUAGGUCCUCAUCUACUAGCUGGAUGGAUCAGAUUAUCACGGAGCUCCGGGAUUCAUCAUUCACCACGCCAUGUCUAACAGAAAUACAAAGAAAUUUUUGGCAUGCUCAAACAAUUAAUGCAGCAGACGACUUAGUAAUGAAGCAAGUUUGACAUUAGGUUGAGGGCAAAUGCUAGCUAGCAUGUGAAAAUCAACAAACAAAUGGGUGGAGGGAAUAAUAAAUAACUAAAGAAAAGGGUAAAUUGCUCAAACUUCUCUAAAAUUGUUGGUUGUUGCUAAAACCUUCCCAGAAGUUUGGUAAUUACAAUCACUUCCUCUGAAGUCUGAACUUUUUGACAUAAUUGUAAGUAGGUUCCUCGUUAGAAUCUUCUAAACAGAGGCAACAGCAUGAAAAUGUCCAAAAUGCGCAUACAUCUGAUUAUUUUUCGAAGUAUCUAUUGGGAUAAAUYACUAUCCCAAACCCUUAUAAUCUCUUUUUUGAAAUUGAU